UCGUUCAAUUUGAGAUUUAGAGAGAGAGAGGAGAGGGAGGAAAAAGGGUAGAACUCUGAUUUGGAAUUUCUUGAGAGACAGAGGGAGAGAGAGAGAGUGAGAUGGGAGUAGUUGGGAACUACUACAAAGAAUGCAGGUGGGCUGGUGCCACGUGCAUCACCAAUUAAAGCCGUUAAUACCCCCUUCCCUCUCUUCUUCAUUUCCUAACUUGAGAAGCUAUUAUUUCACACGAACAUAACGCAGGCACCAUGAGCUGGUAUAGUUCUUGCCUGCCUUCCUGACCCAUAAUGCUUCCUCUGAUCCAAGACAACAUAAAGAAAUCUUGUUUGGGAUUUUGAGUUCUGUGCUUCACUUGUUGUUCAUUAAGCAUGUACACCCAAAAGGGUCAGCAAAUGGCUGGAGUUUGGCGUGGGAAUGAGGUCAUAAAUGGAACAAUCCCAAUCAGGCAACAAGCUACAAUUUCUGAAGUGGAUAAUUUCUGCUAUGCCCUUGGCGGGAAAACCCCAAUACACAGCAUCUUGAUUGCAAACAAUGGAAUGGCAGCUGUAAAGUUCAUGCGUAGUGUCAGGACAUGGGCACUACAAACCUUUGGAACAGAGAAGGCAAUCCUGUUAGUGGCCAUGGCAACUCCAGAAGACAUGAGAAUCAAUGCCGAACACAUUAGAAUUGCUGAUCAAUUUGUAGAAGUUCCAGGUGGGACCAACAAUAACAACUAUGCUAAUGUGCAGCUCAUUGUAGAGAUAGCAGAGAUAACACGGGUCAAUGCAGUUUGGCCUGGUUGGGGCCAUGCAUCAGAGAACCCUGAACUUCCAGAUGCACUAAAUGCAAAGGGAAUCAUAUUUCUUGGCCCCCCUGCUACAUCUAUGGCAGCAUUGGGAGAUAAGAUUGGUUCAUCACUAAUUGCCCAAGCAGCAGGAGUACCAACCCUUCCAUGGAGUGGCUCACAUGUAAAAAUUUCUCAAGAAAGCUGCUUGGAUUCUAUACCAGAUGACAUCUAUCGAGAUGCUUGUGUUUAUACAGCAGAGGAGGCACUGGCAAGCUGUCAGGUGGUGGGUUACCCUGCAAUGAUCAAAGCAUCUUGGGGUGGCGGUGGUAAAGGCAUUAGAAAGGUUCAUAAUGACGAUGAAGUGAGAGCAUUGUUUAAGCAAGUCCAGGGUGAAGUUCCUGGAUCUCCAAUAUUUAUAAUGAAGGUUGCUUCCCAGAGUCGUCAUUUAGAAGUCCAAUUACUUUGUGAUCAGUAUGGCAACGUUGCAGCGUUGCAUAGCCGUGAUUGCAGUAUUCAAAGAAGGCAUCAAAAGAUUAUUGAAGAAGGCCCAAUUACUGUGGCACCAUGGGAGACUGUGAAAGAGCUGGAGCAGGCAGCAAGGAGGCUAGCUAAGUGUGUAAAUUAUGUUGGUGCUGCUACUGUUGAGUAUCUAUACAGUAUGGACACUGGCGAAUACUAUUUCUUAGAACUCAACCCUCGGUUACAGGUGGAGCAUCCUGUUACAGAGUGGAUUGCUGAAAUAAAUCUGCCUGCCGCACAAGUUACAGUUGGCAUGGGUGUUCCUCUCUGGCAAAUUCCUGAAAUAAGGCGAUUUUAUGGAAUGGAACAUGGUGGGGGAUAUGAUGCUUGGAAGAGAACAUCAAUUGCUGCCACUCCAUUUGAUUUUGACAAAGCUGAGUCAGUGAGGCCAAAAGGUCAUUGUGUAGCUGUCCGUGUAACAAGUGAGGACCCAGAUGAUGGUUUUAAACCUACCAGCGGAAAAGUACAGGAGCUGAACUUUAAAAGCAAACCAAAUGUGUGGGCAUACUUCUCUGUUAAGUCUGGAGGAGGUAUUCAUGAGUUUUCAGAUUCUCAAUUUGGACAUGUCUUUGCUUUUGGAGAGUCAAGAGCCUUGGCUAUUGCAAAUAUGGUUCUUGGGCUGAAGGAAAUCCAAAUCCGGGGAGAAAUACGUACAAAUGUUGAUUACACAAUUGAUCUUUUACAUGCCUCAGAGUACAGAGACAACAAAAUCCACACAGGCUGGCUGGACAGCAGAAUUGCCAUGCGGGUUAGAGCUGAGAGGCCCCCUUGGUACAUCUCAGUUGUUGGAGGGGCACUAUUUAAAGCAUCAACUAGCAGCGCAUCCAUUGUUUCUGAUUAUAUUGGCUAUCUUGAAAAGGGACAAAUACCACCCAAGCAUAUAUCACUUGUCAAUUCUCAAGUUUCUCUCAACAUUGAAGGAAGCAAAUAUACAAUUGAAAUGGUGAGGGGAGGACCUGGAAGCUAUAGAUUGAAAAUGAAUCAAUCAGAAAUAGAAGCUGAAAUACAUACUUUGCGUGAUGGGGGGCUAUUGAUGCAGUUGGAUGGAAACAGUCAUGUAAUCUACGCUGAGGAAGAGGCAGCUGGCACUCGACUUCUAAUUGAUGGAAGGACCUGUUUGUUACAGAAUGAUCACGAUCCAUCCAAGUUAGUUGCAGAGACACCAUGCAAGCUGCUUCGUUUCCUAGUCCCAGAUGGUGGUCAUUUGGAAGCUGACACACCAUAUGCUGAAGUUGAGGUUAUGAAGAUGUGUAUGCCACUUUUGCUACCCGCUUCUGGAGCUAUCCAUUUUAAGAUGUCUGAAGGUCAGGCAAUGCAGGCUGGUGACCUUAUAGCAAGACUUGAUCUUGAUGACCCAUCGGCUGUAAGGAAAGCAGAACCAUUCCAUGGGAGCUUUCCAGUCUUGGGGCCUCCAACUGCGGUUUCUGGAAAAGUACACCAGAGAUGUGCUGCAAGUCUAAAUGCUGCACGGAUGAUUCUUGCGGGCUAUGAACAUAACAUUGAUGAAGUUGUGCAAGAUUUGCUCAACUGUCUAGAUAGCCCAGAGCUCCCUUUCCUUCAGUGGCAAGAGUGCAUGGCUGUUCUGGCAACUCGUCUACCAAAAGAUCUCAAAAAUGAGUUGGAUGCUAAAUAUAAGGAGUACGAAGGGUUUUCUGACUCCCAGAAAAAUGUUGAUUUCCCAGCAAAACUAUUACGGAGCAUACUUGAGUCACAUCUCUUAUCCUGCCCUGUUAAAGAAAAAGCAACACAGGAACGACUUGUGGAGCCUCUUAUGAGUCUUGUGAAGUCUUACGAGGGUGGAAGAGAGAGUCAUGCACGUGUUAUUGUUCAAUCCCUUUUUGAAGAAUAUUUAUCUAUUGAGGAAUUAUUUAGUGACAAUAUUCAGGCUGAUGUAAUUGAACGUCUUCGUCUUCAAUAUAAGAAAGAUCUUCUAAAGGUUGUUGACAUAGUUCUUUCUCAUCAGGGUGUUCGGAGUAAAAAUAAAUUGAUACUAAGACUUAUUGAAGCGUUGGUUUAUCCCAACCCUGCUGCUUAUAGAGACCAACUGAUACGGUUCUCUGCUCUUAACCAUACAAUUUAUUCUGAGCUAGCAUUGAAGGCAAGCCAACUGCUUGAACAAACCAAAUUGAGUGAACUACGUUCAAGUAUUGCUAGAAGCCUCUCAGAGCUUGAAAUGUUCACAGAGGAAGGUGAAAGUAUAGAUACUCCUAGGAGGAAAAGUGCCAUAAAUGAAAGGAUGGAGGAUCUUGUCAGUGCUCCUUUGGCUGUUGAAGAUGCACUUGUUGGUCUGUUUGACCAUAGUGACCACACUCUUCAAAGGCGGGUGGUGGAGACCUAUGUUCGCAGGCUGUAUCAGCCAUAUCUUGUAAAGGGGAGUGUCCGGAUGCAGUGGCACAGAUCUGGUCUUAUUGCUUCAUGGGAAUUCUCUGAAGAACAUAUUGAGAGAAGGAAUGGGUCUGAGGAUCACAUUUCUGAUAAACCAAUGGUUGAAAAACAUAGUGAGAGGAAAUGGGGAGCAAUGGUUAUCAUCAAAUCUCUUCAGUUUUUACCAAUUGCUAUUGGUGCUGGUUUGAAGGAAACUACUCAUAGCUCUCAUGGAGUAAUGACUAAUGGACACCUAGAACCAGCUAGCCAUGGUAAUAUGUUGCAUGUUGCCUUGGCGGGCAUAAACAAUCAGAUGAGUUUGCUUCAGGAUAGUGGCGAUGAGGACCAGGCUCAAGAAAGAAUUAAUAAAUUAGCCAAGAUAUUAAAAGAGAAAGAUGUAGGCUCUGGUCUACGUGCUGCAGGUGUUGGGGUUAUUAGCUGUAUCAUACAGAGGGAUGAAGGGAGAGCCCCCAUGAGGCAUUCCUUUCAUUGGUCUCCUGAGAAGUGUUACUAUGAAGAAGAGCCUCUACUGCGGCACUUGGAACCUCCUCUGUCAAUUUUCCUUGAACUGGAUAAACUCAAAGGCUAUGAGAAUAUACAGUAUACCCCAUCCAGGGAUCGCCAGUGGCACCUGUACACUGUUAUUGACAAGCCACAACCCAUUCACAGGAUGUUUCUUCGAACCCUUGUCAGACAACCUAACAUGAAUGACGGGUUCUCAGUUUAUCAAGGGUUGGAUGUUGGAAUGGGCCAACUCCAAAAAUCCAUGUCUUACACUGCAAGGAGUGUCCUAAGGUCUUUAAUGGCUGCACUUGAAGAAUUGGAACUACUUGUUCACAAUGAUACUGUCAAAUCUGAACACGCCCAUAUGUACCUUUGCAUAUUAAGAGAGCAACAAGUAGAUGAUCUUGUGCCUUACCCCAGGAGAGUGGACAUGAAUGGUGGGCAAGAAGAAGCUAUGGUUGGGAUGAUCUUGGAAGAGCUGGCACAUGAGAUCCAUCAAUCUGCUGGUGUAAGAAUGCAUCGGCUAGGUGUUUGUGAGUGGGAGGUGAAACUUUGGAUGGCAUCUGCUGGAUUUGCUAGUGGUGCUUGGAGGGUUGUAGUUACAAAUGUGACUGGCCACACUUGUACUGUGCAUAUAUACCGAGAAGUGGAGCUUAACAGCAAGCAUGAAGUGGUCUAUCAUUCAGUUUACAAAGUUUCAGGUCCUUUGCAUGGUCUGCCUGUGAAUGCACGUUAUCAACCUCUUGGCCUUCUUGACCGCAGACGUCUUUUGGCGAGGAAAAACAACACCACUUACUGCUAUGAUUUUCCAUUGGCAUUUGAGACGGCCUUGAAACGGUCAUGGUCUUCCCAGUUCCUGGGUGUUAACAGACCCAUGGAUAAGGAUCUUGUUAAAGUUACAGAGCUUGUGUUUGCUGAUAAACAAGGUGCCUGGGGUACACCUCUUGUUUCUGUAGAACGUCCUCCUGCACUCAAUGAUGUGGGCAUGGUAGCAUGGUGUAUGGAGAUGUCUACACCAGAGUUUCCAAAAGGAAGAACAAUUAUGAUAGUAGCAAAUGAUGUGACUUUCAAAGCUGGAUCUUUUGGCCCAAGAGAGGAUGCAUUCUUCCUUGCCGUAACCAAUCUAGCUUGUGAUAAGAAAGUACCUUUGAUUUAUUUGGCAGCAAACUCUGGGGCCCGAAUUGGAGUAGCUGAAGAAGUAAAAGCAUGUUUUAGAGUUGGGUGGUCUGAUGAAUCAAGUCCUGAGCGUGGAUUUCAGUAUGUAUAUUUAACCCCUGAAGACCAUGCACGUAUUGGAUCAUCUGUGAUUGCACAUGAGUUGCAGAUGGAAACUGGAGAAACCAGAUGGGUCAUAGACACCAUUGUUGGGAAGGAAGAUGGAUUGGGGGUUGAGAACUUGACGGGCAGUGGAGCCAUUGCUGGUGCAUAUUCAAGGGCAUACAAAGAAACCUUCACAUUAACAUAUGUGACUAGUCGAACUGUAGGGAUAGGUGCAUAUCUUGCUCGGCUUGGCAUGCGGUGCAUCCAGAGGCUUGAUCAGCCCAUUAUUCUGACUGGAUUCUCUGCACUGAACAAGCUUCUUGGGCGGGAAGUAUACAGCUCCCACAUGCAACUUGGUGGACCUAAAAUCAUGGCAACAAAUGGGGUUGUUCAUCUUACAGUCUCAGAUGAUCUUGAAGGUGUUUCAUCCAUACUGAAGUGGCUCAGUUAUGUCCCUCCCCAUGUAGGUGGGCCCCUUCCUAUUUUGAGUCCUUCAGAUCCUCCUGAGAGGCUUGUUGAGUAUUUCCCUGAGAACUCAUGUGAUCCUCGUGCAGCUAUUUGUGGUGUUCAGGAUGGAAAAGGGAAGUGGUCUGGGGGGAUUUUUGACAAGGAUAGCUUUGUGGAGACUCUGGAAGGUUGGGCAAAGACUGUGGUAACAGGAAGGGCAAAGCUCGGGGGGAUCCCUGUAGGAAUUGUUGCUGUUGAAACACAGACCAUGAUGCAAGUUAUCCCUGCAGACCCUGGUCAGCUUGAUUCCCAUGAGAGGGUUGUCCCUCAAGCAGGGCAAGUAUGGUUUCCGGACUCUGCAACAAAGACAGCUCAAGCAUUGUUGGAUUUUAACAGGGAAGAACUCCCACUUUUUAUUCUUGCAAACUGGAGAGGCUUUUCUGGUGGGCAGAGGGAUCUCUUUGAAGGGAUCCUUCAGGCAGGAUCAACUAUUGUGGAGAACCUCCGAACAUACAAGCAACCUGUCUUUGUUUAUAUUCCCAUGAUGGGUGAGCUUCGUGGUGGAGCAUGGGUUGUUGUUGACAGCAGGAUCAACCCAGACCACAUUGAGAUGUAUGCUGAGAGAACAGCCAAGGGAAAUGUUCUUGAACCAGAAGGGAUGAUUGAAAUCAAAUUCAGAACAAAAGAACUGCUUGAUUGCAUGGGUAGACUUGAUCAACAGUUGAUCAAUCUGAAGGCAAAACUUCAGGAAGCCAGAAACAGUGGAGCUCCUGGAGCUGUUGAAACUCUACAAAAACAGAUAAGAUCCCGUGAGAAGCAACUAUUACCAGUUUACACUCAGAUUGCCACCCGAUUUGCUGAAUUACAUGAUACUUCCCUCAGAAUGGCUUCCAAAGGAGUAGUUAGACAAGUUGUGGACUGGGCUAACUCCAGGUCAUUUUUCUACAAGAGGCUACACCGCAGAGUUGCUGAGGGAUCACUUAUUGGGAUGGUAAAGGAUGCUGCAGGUGAUCUGCUGUCUCAUAAAUCAGCUAUGGAUUUGAUCAAGAAGUGGUUCUUGGCUUCUAGGCCCGCUGGAGUUGGAGAAGAUGCCUGGGUGGAUGACAAUACUUUCUUCACAUGGAAGAAUGAUCCAAAGAAUUAUGAGGACCACUUGCAGGAGUUGCGGGUGCAGAAAGUAUUGCAUCAACUGUCAAAUCUUGGUGAAUCAACAUCAGAUUUACAAGCCCUUCCUCAAGGACUUUCUGUUCUCCUAGACAAGGUGGAACCCUCAACCCGGAAACAGUUGAUUGCUGAGCUUCGAAAGGUGAUUGGCUAAUCAGAUGCUACAGGUUUAUAGCACAAAAUUCAGGCUCCAUCUUGAGGAUUAUAUCAUCUGUACAAUAUUGCUUAUCUCUAAAAUUGAAUCCAAUUUCUAUGGCCCACGACUGAUCCAAUAUUGUCCUUAACAGCAAAAUAGAAUUAUGCUGGCAUGAAGGGUAGGAAUAGGAUGUGCUUGGUGAGUUGGGUUUUAUUUGUUCCAUUCUGAAUUGUAAAUUUUGUCAAGAGACUAGUUAGUGUAGGGAAUUUUGUGAUGUUUAGAAGGUAGCCGCUAGCAUUGGCAGGUUCUAUUUGGCAACCUUCUAGAUUGGUUGUUCAGUCCCUGUAGUUUUAGAAAUUAUUAGCUGUAAGCAUUGGCUAAUAAAUUCUUCUAUUUAUGAACAAGGUAAUAAAGUUUCUUAAUGGUUUAUUCA